UUAGACAAACAUUAUUCGCAAAAUAGUAGUGAAAUUGACAGAUGAGCAUAAUUUUGAAAUAUGCAAUAAGGUGUGGAAAUGUGAUGAGGAUUCCAAUGAUCUGAUUCUUCCACCAAUAAUUUCCUUUUUAAAUAGACCUCACUGUUCUCCAUCCCCCAUCCCACCCUUCACCCACCAACAUACCAAAAUGUGGGCAUCCAUCCUGAUCAGCACACUGUUAGUGGUGCUGCUGCACACAGCAUGGAGAUUCUUGAACUGGGUUUGGAUCAAGCCCAGGAAACUGGAGAAACUCCUCCGGAAACAAGGCUUCAAAGGCAAUUCUUACAGGUUUCUCUUCGGGGAUGCCAGAGAAGCAGCCAAGUUGUACGAGGAAGCAUACUCCAAACCCAUCGGAAUCACCGACGAUGUCACCCUUCGUGCCUUUCCCUUAGCUAUCAAGACCAUAAGAACAUACGGUGAGAAAUCGUUCAUGUGGGUGGGGCCUAUACCUGUGUGUUUUGUGAUGGACCUGGACGCGAUUAAGAUUAUAUUGAACAAAUUCUAUGCGUUUCAGAAGUCUUUCAAGGCAUCUAAUCCCAUAUUCAAAAGGCUGGUUGGUGGACUCAUUGUGUAUGAAGGCGAACAGUGGAGCAGAAACAGAAAGAAGCUCAACCCGGCUUUUCACAUGGAGAAGCUCAAGGAGAUAGUGGCUACCAUGCACACACAGGCUACGGAAAUUCUAGAUGAAUGGAGCAGCACCAUCCCCAAGGAUGGGUCAUCUCAUGUUGUUGAUGUUUACCCUUAUUUCAAACACUUCACAGGCUGUGUAGUAUCAUAUGCAUUAUUCAGCUCUACUCCUACUCCAUUAGUUAAAAGGACUUUCAAUAUCAUUUCGGAGCUCACACAUAUUUCAAACCAGUCUCAGCCUUUUAGCAUCCCUGGAGAGCAGUACUUGCCGAUUGAGAAAUAUAGGAGGGCAAACGAAAUUGAGGACGAACUAACAGCUACAUUCACACGCAUGGCCGAGGAAAGGUUAGCUCAGAGAAGGGCAGGAGAAAGGAAGCUUGAACCAGACUUAUUUGACUUGGUUGUGGAUGAAGUUGAAGAGGUCGACAUCAAAGACAAGAAAGGUCGGGCAGCGGCCAUGUAUGAGCUCAUUCAACAGUGCAAGCUAUUCUACGUGGCUGGUCAUGAAUCCACUGCUAAUCUUAUCGCUUGGACCACUGUCAUGCUUGCCCAUCACCAAGACUGGCAAACUCGGAUCAGAGAAGAGGUUUUCCGAGUCUUGGGCGACAGGGACAUCACCGGUGAUGACUUGUCCAGCCUAAAAACUCUAACGAUGUUCAUACACGAGGUGAUGCGCUUGUACCCACCUGCAAUUGAGCUGAGUAGAGUAGUAGAAGAAGAAACAACCGUGGGAGACAUUACGUUCCCGAAGGGCGCAAUGGUAAUGAUGCCGAUAAUUCUACUGCACCGGAACACUAGAAUAUGGGGCGACGAUGCAUCGGAGUUCAAGCCCGAAAGGUUUUCGGAAGGAGUGCUGAAAGCAGCCAACGGUCGUGCAGCAUUCAUACCCUUCGGCUGGGGUCUCCGCACUUGCAUUGGGGCAAACUUGUCAGUGAUCGAGGCCAAAGUGUUUACUGCGUUGUUUCUGCGCCAGUUCAGUUUCGAGCUUGCGCCAACGUACUCACACACGCCUACCGUUGCCAUACUCCUCCAACCACAAUACGGAAUCCCUCUCAUCUUGCGCAAGCUCUAGAUCAUCAUAAUCAUGUCUCUCGCAUCGCUUUCGAUCCAUCUCCAUAUAUGGAACGCAUCAUGUUAGUUAACUGCACUAUGUGCAGCGUGUGAAAAUAAACUUCUUUUAGAUAAACUGAUGUACACUUUAUUUUAUAUAUAUAUAUAUAUAUAUAUAUAUAUUAGUUCUUCGGAUUAAUUAAUUAA